UGGGAGAGCACUCCGAAGGGCGGCGGAGCUGAGCAGCACCGAGGACAGCGCCCGGCAGCGCCCGCGCCAGGUCUCCCGCGCAGCCCGGACUCGGCACCCGCUCAGGGUCUCGCUCGCCCCGCUCUCGCCGGACACGUUCGCGCACACGCACCCCGCGGGACCAUGGCAGAAUCCCACCUGCAGUCGUCUCUGAUCACAGCCUCACAGUUUUUCGAGAUCUGGCUUCAUUUCGACGCUGACGGAAGUGGUUACCUGGAAGGAAAGGAGCUGCAGAACUUGAUCCAGGAGCUCCAGCAGGCGCGAAAGAAAGCUGGAUUGGAGUUAUCACCUGAGAUGAAAACUUUUGUGGAUCAGUAUGGACAAAGAGAUGAUGGAAAAAUAGGAAUUGUAGAGUUGGCUCACGUAUUACCCACAGAAGAGAAUUUCCUACUGCUCUUUCGAUGCCAGCAGCUGAAGUCUUGUGAGGAAUUCAUGAAGACAUGGAGAAAAUAUGAUACUGAUCACAGUGGCUUCAUAGAAACUGAGGAGCUUAAGAACUUUCUAAAGGACCUGCUAGAAAAAGCAAACAAGGUUGUUGAUGACACAAAAUUAGCCGAGUAUACAGACCUAAUGCUGAAACUAUUUGAUUCAAAUAAUGAUGGGAAGCUGGAAUUAACUGAGAUGGCCAGGUUACUACCAGUGCAGGAGAAUUUUCUUCUUAAAUUUCAGGGAAUCAAAAUGUGUGGGAAAGAAUUCAACAAAGCUUUUGAGCUAUAUGAUCAGGAUGGCAAUGGAUACAUAGAUGAAAAUGAACUGGAUGCUUUACUGAAGGAUCUGUGUGAGAAGAAUAAACAGGAUCUGGAUAUUAAUAAUAUUACAACAUACAAGAAGAACAUAAUGGCUUUGUCGGAUGGAGGGAAGCUGUACCGAACGGAUCUUGCUCUUAUUCUCUGUGCUGGGGACAACUAGAGUUGGUGGUCACAGCCACUUGCUAGCGAUACACUGUAUCUCAAAAAAAUAACUGUGCACUGUAAGAGAGUAGGCUGUAUUUUCUUUUAUAUCUGUAAAUUUAACUGCAUAUAGAUAAUUAUCCAGGAUGUGUAGCUCGUUCUUUUCAGCUUGUUUCUAUACUGUUUGUAAUGUACAGUUUUUGUAACUAUAUGAUUGAGAAGGAGAAUGUCUAUGCUUAGGCCAGUCAGUACACCCAAUGUAAAAAAAAAAAAUAACCUAACAUAUUCCUGUUUUCAUAAAUACAGUUGGACAAUAUUUCCCUAAAAAUUCCACCAGGAUUAAUCUCUAUAAUUCUAGUCUCUGACGUGUAAAUGCACAUAUGUCACUGAAUAAGAAAAUCAUACAUGACAAGCCAAGCAUUGUUAUUUUAGACAAUCAUAGGACUGUCCCACAAAGUAUUUCUAAGCUAUAUUUCCAACUAUUAGAAGGAAUGUGCUUUUGCAUCUAAAAUACUCACCAAAAUAUCAAUAAAUAGUUAAUUAUGGCUUUAUAAAGUUAACAGUCUCUCACUAGAGAAGACUUAGUACACUAAUCAACAUGUCUACUGCUUAAAUCCAUACAAAACUACUGGUUCAAGUUGAUUUGGUGACAAGCGAAGGUAACAUCAGAUGACACGUAAAUCUGUCUGACUCUAUGCCUAUAUUUCCAACAAGCCUACUGUCAGAGUAUGACCUUAAUCCAUUUUAUAAACUGUUUUCAUGUGUUGUAGAUUACAAUUAUUCUAGUAAACUGCUGUUUUAUGUCAUAUUCUGUGUACUCUCUGAUUAAAUUUAAUAUAUGGAGUGUCCUGGUGUCUAGUUUUCAUACCUCCUGGAUUUUCUCUCUAGUAGAAUUGUUCAUUUCCACCAAGGGUAUCUGCUGCCUCUGAAAAUAUUUUUUUCUAGCUCUAACAACUCUAUUUUUUACUAUAUAAUUAAAUUUUAAUGUAAAAUCCAUAGCAUCCUGAUUACUGAAUGUUAUAUCAUCAAUACUUUUGUGUACUAUGUGGACUCUAUAUUUCAUAUUGAGAUCAGCAUUCAAAAUAGUUCUAUUUCUAUCUGCAAAUAGUUUCAGAUGAGUUAAAAAAAUAACAUUGAAGAGAAAUGUUAAUGUAAUCAUUUAUCUUAUAUAGCAAGGGAGAUUCUAAAACAUUCUUUAACACACAUCCAAGUAACAGUUUCACAUAUUUGUAGCUAGAAUAUCCUAUACUGGUUAUAGUUGACAUGUAAUGGUUGGUGAUUUCGGAUUCUUUGAUUGUGAAACAGAAAGCUACGAGAGAUGUGGCUGUGUGAAAUGUACAAAGUUACUGCCUGAGAGUUAAUGAUGGUUCUGGGUCAGCUUGAAUGUCACCAUUCUAUAAAUUAAACACUUAUUUUUCCAAUUCACAAAAAUAACAGAAAAUGUGAGUUAUCUCUUUCCCUCAAGAAUGAACAGAAAAGAGAUCUGCCAAAAACUAAAAUUUAUCAAAUGAUGUUAAGUGAGUGGUAGAUUGGCUUUGCCUCUAGCAUGUAAAUGGAAGUGCUGACAUUAGACUGAAUUUAACUACUAAGAUUAAAUAAAGAAAAUAACCUUAA